AUGAAGCCUGCCUUCCUCAAGCUACUCAAACUGGACAAGGUUCGCCAGUGUCUCCCCGAUGAGCUUAUUUCCGUCAUAUGGUCCUACCUCGUGUCUCUGAGAUUCCCUCGCUUCGGUCCAAAGGAGGUGUUCUACGACCCACACAAAAUAGGAUGGUGUAUAGCUUCUGAUGGCCGAAUUGUAUAUGUUGGACUCUUACAGCGCGGUGGGUUGCUGUUGAUCUCUACCAGUGGGGAGCUCCAGAAGGUGGUCAACUUUGGUCCUGUACAUGCAAUCUGCGCUGAUUCGAGCAUGCCCGGCCGAGCGCUCAUUGCUUUAGAUGAUGGUAAUCUACAUGAGAUGGUGACACGGUAUAGGGGAGCUACCACCAGUUCCUUCCAGACUCACAUUAACCUGUCUGAGUAUAUUGAGACAUGGUUCGGAUUUUAUGUUGUACACGGCGGCAAGUCCGUGGUUUGUAUCCUUUCUAUGGAUGCAAGUAGGAUGCGGCUAUACGAUUUUUUCAAUACAUGCCAGGAUUUCAGCAUCCCUCUCCCAGUGGGAUUCCCACUUGAUAUCUUCCACUUGCUUGCUUGCCGAAUGACUAAAGAAGGGUGCCUAUCUUGCUUCAUCGUGAACACUGACACCGCGAGUCUCAUUGAGUACCACUGGACGGGCACGGAACUCGUAGAGCACAGAGUAUGGAACAAGGCUUUCCUGAAUUCGGUUAAUUCCAUGACGGCGGGCAGUCUUCCAGACGGUCGUUUUGUGCUUUUACUGAACGGCGCCGAACGUGAUACUAGGAUUGGUACAACAAGUAGCUACACCGUAUUCUUCGAUCCUACUGCAGGACACGCUAUAGCUGUUUGUUCUCAUCCAUCGAAGCAGGGCCGUGCUACUAUGGCGGGCGAAUACCUUCUCACCUUCGACCCGGGAGAUUCGGCUAUAUACCGCAGAAAGAUCAUCAUGAACAUGUUUGAUACUGAAUACGACCUCUAG